GUGUGUCUGAGGGGUCGGUAUAGGGACGGGAUAUACCUGACUUGACUGUCUUGCACUUUUUUCUACGCUGCUUCGUCUUGCCUUUUUUUACCCUUGCGCCUUGUUGUAGGGUGAAGGAGGGAGGAGAAGAAGAAAAGGAAGAGGAAGAGGAAGAGGAAGAGGAAGAGGAAGAAGAAGGGAGGAUAUAGAUACGUAUACUGAAAUAUCGCCCAACGACUCGACAAGAAACCGGAACAAAAGAAGAAGAAGAAGAAGAAAAAGAAGGAAUUUACCACAUCACUCCAUUUCGUCCUCUGGACCACCACCACCACCAUGGACAUCGAAGCAAACACCCCCACCCCGACCCCCUCCAAGCCCACAGCGCCAACAACAAAACCCUCCACCUCCACCACCUCCCUCCAACCCACUUCCUCCUCCCCAGCCCUCGAAACCGGCAUCAUCACACCCCUCCUCACGCGAAAAUUCGAUCUCAAAUCCAUGCUAGCCCUCUCCUUCUCCGUCCUCGGAACCUGGGGAACUCUCGCCGUAGGCCUCUCCUCAGGUCUAAGCAACGGCGGACCAAUUUCGAUUCUGUGGGGGUUCGUAUUAGUUUUUCUCUGCAAUGUGUGUAUUGCGUUGUCGUUGGGGGAAAUGUGUAGUGCGAUGCCGACGGCGUUGGGACAGGCUUAUUAUGUGCAUCGGUUGUUGGAGAGUGGGGAUGGUAGUGGGGGAGGUGGGGGAAGAGGAGGGGGAAGGUUUGCGAGUUAUAUGUGUGCGUGGAUUAAUACAUUUGGAUGGUGGACGUUGACGGCGAGUCAAGUGGCGUUUAUGACAGAAUUUAUGUUGGGGAUUAAAGUCAUGUUUAGCGCAGAAUGGACCGGAGCGGGAAAAGGGUGGGUACAAUUUGUGUUGUAUUUGGGCAUUACAGGGUUGUUUACCGUGGUGAAUAUUAUUUCGUGUCGGAGAGAUGAGAUAUUGCCGAUUUUUAACGAUAUUGUGGGAGCGUGGUUUUUGGCUUUGUUCGUGAUUAUUUCGUUGGCGUUGUUGAUUUCCGUGGGCACGAGAGACGGGAUGCAAUUUCAAGAGGCUUCGUUUGUGUUUGGACAGUGGUUGAAUGAGACGGGUUGGGGGGAUGGUGUGGUGUGGUUUACGGGACUGUUGCAAGGUGCAUACGGCUUGACUGCGUUCGACGCCGUGAUUCAUCUGGUCGAGGAGAUUCCGCAACCACGCAAGAACGCGCCCAAGGUGAUUUGGCUCGCCGUCUUAAUCGGAGCUGCUACGGGAUGGGUCUUUAUGGUGGUCUGCCUCUUCAGCAUUCAAGAUCUGGCUACCGUGAUCGAUGGACCGACCGGCCUUCCCUUUACCGACCUCAUCCAACAAACCGUCGGACUACAAGGUGGAUGUGUCCUCCUCGUGCUCUUCGUCGUCAACGGUCUCGGGCAAGGCGUCAGUAUCGCCACCACAGGCAGCAGAUUAACAUAUGGCUUCGCCCGAGACGCCGGAAUUCCCUUUAGUGCAUACUUCUCUCACGUGGACCACUACUGGAAAGUCCCAGCGAGAUCCCUCUGGCUCCAAGGUCUUCUAGUCGGCUUGAUCGGCAUCCUCUACUUAUUCGCCAGUACCGUGCUCGAAGCCAUUCUGAGCGUCGCCACCAUCGCUCUAACAAUUUCCUACGGCAUGCCCAUCCUCGCGCUCCUCUUAGCAGGCCGUGAAAAGCUUCCACCGGGAGGCACAUUUCAUCUGGGCAAAUGGGGACCGUUCAUCAAUUGGGUGUCAGUGAUAUACUGCAGCAUCACCACUGUCUUCUUCUUCUUCCCCUCCGAACCAAAUCCUCCCGCGGCGGAUAUGAAUUAUGCUAUUGCAGUGUUUGGCAUCAUGUUGGUUAUCGCUCUCGGCUUUUGGUUCAUAGCUGGACGAAAGACCUAUCUGAUGACGGACGAUGCAGCCAUGCGGAUUGAAAUGGCGAGACGGCUAGAAGGGGAGGAGGACUUGUCCGAUGCUGUAGUCAUUACGACUUCCAAGACUAGUUGAAAUUCCAUCAAUAAAUUCA